UUCCUUAGCAACGACAACUGUUGUAAUGGCGGCCUAGCCACUAGCGUCAAAGCUAACAGACAUCUAACAGGCGGAAUACUCCGCCAUGGACGGCGACGACCUCGACGACUUGUUAGACGAAGUGGAAAAAAUGUUUUGUCGCAACGUUUCCGUCACAGCCGACAGACCUGUGAGCUCCGAAAAGGAUAGAAAGUGCGAGCAGGACAAACAUGGCACAAACAAGGAGAGCACACAUGGCGAGCAGACAGGCAACAUCACCGAGGACAUCGACGCUCUCCUGGAAGAAUUAAAUGAGGAAGACCACGGAGAUUCCCCUUUAAAAAGGAUUGAGCAGCUUCCUAAAGCACGUCGAGCAGAGCAGAUGCCACCUUGUCAAUUCGGAGGGAGAAAGUGCUGUCCCGUCUACCUGGGAGGGAGCGCCAUCCCUAACGGAGUGGGAACAGCCACGUCCAAAAGCAGGUCAUGUGACCAACUGAGAUGUACGUCCUGCGACUUCCGGGUGCUGACGUUUGACGACUGGGAGUGGGACCCGUCUUGUGAUUACCUCUUUCUCCGGAACAACAUGCCGGACCACGACAGGCUCCGAGCCAAGUUGCGGAAGAGGAGCGGGGUCCGUGCGUACGCCUGCCAGUGCAGCUGGUUCUCCGCGUGCUCUCUGCACGCCACGGACGUCCUGCUGCAGCCUCAGCUCAGAUGGGUGUGUGGCAAACACCUGGACUGAGCAAGCAUCGCACGUUAUAACCUGCCUUGGCUCAGGUGGAACAGACAAUCAAUUCACCAGGCAUCUGUGAGCCUGUAUUAUGUAUUAUCUGACAUUUGUGGUGUUUGACAAACACUGUUUUGAUUGCACUUUUUUAAUGUUUUAAGAUGAUGACCCUGUAGGAAAAGUACUGGGGCUCACAACUAAACAUAUCCAACACUAGUCAGUAGGCUAUGAGGUCAUGAAAUUAGUACAUUUCAGCGUGUUUCUAUGUAAUUAUUCUGAUGAAAUAAAUCUUAAUUAGAAGGUAAAA